CCAACAAGUGGUACUUGAUACAGGGUUCGUACAUGGGUUCAGAAUCUUCAGACUUUGUUCAAAUUUGCUUGCUUGGCUGGUGUAUGUCGUUGUUUGAAUUGCGCGUACUGCAGCUGGCAAAUAUAAAAGGAGGUCUCCGAAAAUGAUUAAAAUUUCGCCAGACUAAAGCUCAAUCCGAAAGCCAAAUCAAAAUGUCCACGACACUCACUCCUACCACACCGCCUCCCUACGAGCCACAUAGCUCUCCUCCAUCCUAUGAUGAUGUCGUUGCCAAAGUCAGCCAAAUGGUCGGCACUGAUGCCACUCCCCAGAAAUAUAUCGAUGCUGCAGCAACGCUAAAUGAGAAUGAAAUUGACAUCUUGGUCAGCGGUGGGGAUUUCAGCGACCCCAUCAAAACAGAGGAGGACAACAAAAAAUUUUGUGAAGGCGCUGCCAAGGCCCUUACAUCACAUGAAUCCACCGAGCACCUCAGAGAGUCGUCUAAUGCAGCAGUCGAUGCGUCCAACGAGAUCAACCGAGUGUUCGUCAGCUUACAUCUGAAGAUUGCACAGAUUGAUAGGAUUCAUCGUUCUGAUUUUGAGCCUGCCUUGAUUAAAAAUCAACUGGUGAUCGUUUCUUUUAUGUCUUCUACUUUUCUUGCUAAUACUGACACUAUUAAGAAAUAUCUAGGAAUUCUCACGGAGAGUAGAGUGCUUGCAACAGAGGUAGCAAUACAUGGAAAUCGAUUCGAUGAUCUGAUCAUUCCAUUUUGCACCGAUGAGAAUAUUCCAACAGAGACUCGGCGAACAAUCCUCAACGGGUUUAUUUCGGAUAUGGAGAAAGCGCGGGAAAGAGCCCGAGAAACGGAAAAUAAUUUUACCAAUCUUCAAAUCAGCUUCACCUCCUUCAUUGCUGAUUUCUCCACUUGGGCAGUGGAGAGAGAGGGCCAACUAACGGAGGAACUGGAGCAUAUAAUGAAAGAGUUAAGUGAGCUGCAAGAAAAACUCACCUCAUUGAACAUUUCUCUCUUGGCGCUGGGGAGUGGAGCGCUUGGAUUGCCGUUUGUCGCGGGGCUUCUUGCGGGAGGUGCAGCCGUCAGUGGCUUUUUAGCUCCUUUUCUAGCUAUCGCUGGACUCAUCGCCUUGGGGGUGAGUGUUGCUGCGGUUGUCUCGAUGGCGGCUCUUGGAAUUGUUAAAGCAGUAACCGAAACUCAAAUCCGUGAGAAAGAACGACAAAGAGCAUCACUAUCAGCACGAAUCGAAGAAAUCCGCCAGGCUCGUGAGGAGCUUGUAGCCCUUGGGGAGGAGAAGCUGGAAAUAUUCCGCGUAAACGUAAACGUACUUCAAUCAGUGUGGAACAGUGUUGCUAUUGAUGCGCAAAUCAUCAUGGGUCACCUCGACGGAGCAUUGUCACUUGUGGAUUUUCCUCAACAUAUUAUAAACUCACUUGAGAGGGCAAAUUCAAUUUACACGGUAAUGGCGGAGUAUUUAACCAAUUACGCAAAGGGGAUCACCAGCUGAUUCCCUUUGGUGACGAGUUAUCCCGGCCUUUCUUGACCGAACUUAUAUUAAUCGCAAUAUUUUUUGCCCGGCAACAAGGUUUUUCGAGUUCCCACGCCUGCGUGGCCUUUCUAUAGGCUCAGUGAGUUCACGAUGUUUGUUUUCUUGAAUUUGCUGUCUCUGAUCACGGUUUCGACAACAUGUCAAGCUAUAUUUUUCAGGAGUAUUACCUAGGUUUCUACAUUUGAAGCCCGAGAAAAGAAUCAUUCCAUUUAGG